UCCACUCCAUAACAGCUGGUGGCGGUAAAGCACCCGAUCUCUGUCUCUCUGUCUCUCUUUCUCUCUGUCCCAGGUUUAAGGAAGUGGCGCAGUUAGCACAGACGUCUCUGCUACACUUUCAGUUAUAGUCUGUGGUUAGAGUAUAUCACAUACAUUAUGUUUUCAGUGGAGACAACUUUGCCUACUCACUGAAAUGACGCUGUCGCGAUGCUUCUCAUGUUGCUGUGUAUUCAGGCCGUCGUCCAAGUUCCAGUGGUGUCUGAGGCUACGCUGGCACCACCGCAGAACAUUCAUGUUGAUAAGUGGCUACUAACGUGGACUCCCGCCACUGAAGAGAGAGAUGUCAUCUACACUGUUCAGUACCAUAGGUUAGGUACAAAAGUGUGGAAAGAUGUACCAGUCUGCAAACAGACAUCUUUCAACUCAUGUAAUGUCACUCUCAUCAGAGAUGAGAGUGAGUUUGGCUGUGUUAUGCUGCGUGUGCGGGCAGAGAGACAUGGGCUGACCUCCAAAUCUGUCAACGCCUGUAGCAGAAAUGGUGACUCUUGUAGCCCUGAGGUCAGUCUGACUGCACGGCCUGGCUCACUGACUGUAAAUCUGAGUAGGAACAACAGCAUUGCUCUGGAAAAUGGAGACAAUGUAGAACACAAGGUUUACUAUGGCAAGGAUGGAGAGCCACUGCAGCAGAAGUAUAAAAAAGGUAUUUCUUCAGUGACCAUCAAAAAGCUGGAGGAGGGUCAACGUUACUGUGUGAAGGUGCAGUAUGUUCAAUUGGAUGAACCUGUUGGACCGGAAAGUUGCAUCCAGUGUGAGGUCAUCCCUGUGUCCAGACAGCAGCUAACACAAACAAAUGUUAUAGUAGCUGUGGUGGUUGUCGUUUUCGUGUCCUUUCUGAUAACUGGGAUGGCAUACGUCCUCCUCUUCCGACACCAGAGAAUCAAACAGUGGCUUCAACCUCCGUGCGAGAUCCCAGAACAUUUUCUCUUGGAGGCACCUCCAGGGCAUCACCCUUGCAGCUACGCCAGCAGCGUCAGUGACGAGCACUGUGAUAUAAUUUCCUUUAUUGAAUGAAAGCAGCUGCCAUCCCUUUGCUCCAUAUGUCCUGCUCAUUUUGCUGUUGUAGAGAUCAGACGUGAGGUUUGACCUGUACAGACACUCUCUAAAACCUACUACUGAGUCCCCUACAGUUAUAUGUAAUCUGCUUCUCCCUGAAGCCUGACUUUCUUCUAGGAAGGAUUUGGAUUCAGGAUCAACUGAAGGUUAAGAAACACUAAAAUGUAUUCCUAUCUUGACAAUCAUUAGGCUUAAUAUGGAUUAAGAAUUCCAGAAAAGUGCCAUUGUAGGAGAUGUAAAAUAUAAAUAGUUAUCAGAGUAGUUUUAAAAAGUUAAGAGAGAUUUCCCACAGGAAGUGCAAAUUGAGCAAAAAGACAUAAGGACCAUAUUUGGCGGCAUUUUUGCAUUGUGUGAGCAAAUACUUAUUCAAUUAUGAUUACGCCACGAAAAAACCAAAUGUUAUCUAUGCCCCGUCCACCUGCAAAAAGCCAGUCAAUAAAUCAGCUCUUCAGAAACAGUUGAAACCAAAGCAGACAGCAGUAACACAGAAUCAGUGUGGCUUCUGCCUAUUUAUUUGACACUAGUUUUAGGGAAGAUCACCACAGGUGAAAAAACAUGAAUCUGAACUUUUUAUAUUUAUCUUUAAAUGGUAAAUUUGUUUAUUUUAAUGCAUUUAAGUUUGUCUCCAACCAGUUAAAACUGCAAUGUUCCUGUUGUCUCGCUGUAAUAUUGGCCACCACUAUGAUUUCUUUCCACUUACAUGAACAAAACUGCGAAAUGUCCUGUGCUGAUGAAUUUAAGAUGUGUCUAGUUGGAUGUUACAGGCUUUAGACUUUAGUCAUGUCUCAAACUUAUUGCCAUGAAAUGGCUAAUGUUAAGACUGCCCUUUCAUUGAAGGUCUGCUACUUGUUUUUACGUGUUUAUUGUACAAGUACAGAUUAAACGGAAUCAUGGAAUCAUA